UUGUGGAUGAAAUCAUACAAAAAAUAAAUAAAAGCCAUAUUAAUUUAAAGAACGAGAAAUUUGAAGAUGAAAAAGCGCAUGAAAUAGAUGAAAUAAAAUGUUUGAAAAAAAAAGUUUAUAAAGAAAUUAAUGCAUUAGAGAAUAAAGAAUCGAAGAAGGAAUUUAGGAGGGAGUUUAUAGAGGAAUUGAGGGGGUGGAUAGAAUUGAUGAAAUGGAUAGAAGAUAGCCCAAAGGAUGCAAUGGAUGAUGAAUUGGAAAAUAAAAAUAGUACAAAAGAUCAAAAUACAAAUAAAAGUGAUGCAACAGACGAUGAAACGACAAAUAAAAAUAGUUCAAAGGAUCAAAAUACAAAUAAAAUUAAUGCAACGGACGAUGAAAAGAUAAAUAAAUAUAGUCAAAAUGAACAAAAUACUAAUGAAGAGAUAAAUAAAAAUAGCCAAAAUGAACAAAAUUCAAAUGAAGUGAUAAAUAAAAAUGGUCAAAAUGAACAAAAUACAAAUAAAAAUGAUGCAACGGACGAUAAAAUGAUAGAUAAGUUGUUAAAGGAAUGGGUGAAAUUGACGAGUGAAUCAGAUAAUAAUCUAAUAAAACAAAAUGCAACAGAAA